AUGGCGGGCCAGGACCGGAGCGGGCCCUCGGGCGUCGACCGGCACGAGCGCACACCGCUGCUGCAGCCUCCGCAAGAAGCUCCCCAGCCGAAUGGGCGGCGUAAGAAUGGGGGCGAGCAUCACCAUCGCCGUCGAGAUGGACAAGCACAAGAAGAAGAAGAAGAAGAAGAAGAAGAAGAAGAAGUCGACGAGGAGGAGGAGGAAGAGGCGGCGGAGGAAGAGGCAGAGGGGGAACAAGGCGAGAGAACCGUCAUCGCCAAGCAGCUCCCCUUUGCCCGCCUCGCCUUCAUCAUGGGCACCGCCUGGUUCGGCGUCUUCCUCGGCGCCAUCGACUCGACCAUCAUCGCCACCCUCUCGGCCCCCAUCGCCAGCGAGUUCCACUCCCUCAGCCUGCUCUCCUGGCUCGCCACCGCCUAUCUCAUCUCAAACGCCGCCUGCCAGCCCAUCUCGGGCCGCCUGACCGACAUCUUUGGCCGCGGGCCCGGCCUCGUCUUCAGCAACCUCGUCUUCGCCGCCGGCAACCUCCUCUGCGGCCUGGCCCGCGACGAGCGCGCCAUGGUGCUCGGCCGCGUCGUUGCCGGCGUCGGCGGCGGCGGCCUCAUGAGCAUCUCCACCUUUCUCGGCUCCGAUCUUAUCCCGCUGCGCAACAGGGGCAUUGCCCAGGGCAUCGGCAACAUCUGCUACGGCUCGGGCGCCAUGCUCGGCGGCAUCUUUGGCGGCCUCAUCAACGACCGCACCGCAUGGGGCUGGCGGCUGGCCUUUAUCAUUCAGGUGCCCCCCGUGCUGCUCUCGGCCGUCGCCGUCGCCGUCCUCGUCCGCGUGCCGCCCAAGCAGUCGGACAAGUCGUACCUCGCCCGCAUCGACUUUUUCGGCGUCUUCCUCACCUCGUCCUUUCUCGUCCUGCUGCUCCUGGGCUUGAAUUCCGGCGGCAACCAGGUCCCGUGGACACACCCCUUGCCCCUCAUCACCAUCCCCCUCUCCGUCGUCAUCUUUGCCGUCUUCCUCUGGUGGGAGAGCCGGGCCCGCCAGCCCAUCAUCCCCGUCCAGCUCCUCCUCGGGCGCACCGUCCUGGCCGCCUGUCUGUGCAACCUGCUCUGCACAAUGGUGGUCAUGGCCGGCAUCUUCUACGUGCCGCUCUACCUGCAAGUCCUGGGCGACUCGGCCACGGGGGCCGGCCUCAAGAUCCUGCCGUCGCCCGUCGGCGUGUCCAUCUUUUCCGUGGCGGCGGGCUAUCUCAUGAGGCGGACGGGCCGCUACGUGGGGCUGGGCAUCGCCAGUCUCGUCGUCUUGAUUUUCGGCAGCGUGGCGUUUUUCUUUGUCGGUGGCGGCUACGGCGCCAUGCUAACCAUUACGCUGUUGGCGUGCAUCGCGGCGGUGGAGCAUUCGCAGCAGGCCGUCGUCACGUCUGCCACCUACCUGGCGAGGAGCCUCGGCGGCACCCUCGGAGUGACGAUUGGAUCCGCCGUGUACCAAAAUAUCCUCAAGACGCGGCUGUGGGAUCGGUUUGGCGACUACCCCAACGCGGCCGAGGAGAUUAGGCGGAUCCGGAACGACCUCGGGGCGCUCAAGCACCUCCCCGAGGGCUGGUACGAGGGCGUGAUUGAAUCUUUCAUGGAGGCAUUCCGGGGCGUGUGGCUGACGCUGCUGGGGCUGGCCGUCGUGGCCCUGGGCUGCGUCGCCUUGAUCCGGCAUCACACGCUUCACGCAACGCUGGAAAGGCGAUGA